UCCAAGACAGACAUUCUGGUUGGUGUAAAAGCUGAAAUUGGAGGGCCUGCUUUUGGUCACCCUGACUGUGGAAGAGUUGAAUUCUUUGUUAACUGGUAAUGAAAAUCUUUUCUAAAAAGUGUUUUAUUUUUGUAUAGCCCAGAAAAAUUUUACUUGGAAUUGACUAACUCAGGCAGUUGCUGCAGGUGAUGUCAAUAAUCUCUUGUAGUCUGUAAUAUCUGUUAGUAAAACCCUAAUACCAACCCUAACCCACAACAAAUGGCAUUUUGAAUUACCAUUUGUGAGUUAGUCAAAUCCAUUUUACUCAUUAAGAGAAGAGUUUAUAGUUGUUUAACCCAUUGAGUUGCAGCACUCUCCCUGACGAGUAAAAAUCAUCUGGUGUUAGACAGAGUAAAAUAGUAAGGUAGGGUGCAUCUGGGUGCAUUGCCACUUAUGAGAGGUUGCUUCUCUUAUUGCAAUUGUGUUUUGUUGUUUGAUCUAUUUGUUUCCUUUUAGUUCCGCGCAUGCUUCGCCAAAAUUUGAAGGUCGAGGUGGUGAGGAACUGUCUUCAGAACUGAGCAGAAUUUUAGACAGAGCUUGCAGUAAUAAAUCAGCUGUGGACCUCAAGUCAUUAUCAAUUACAUCAGGACAACAGUGUUGGGUUUUAUAUGUCGACGCUUUGGUAAGAGACAGUGACUGUUUAUGGUAGACCUGCGGCAGCUAGGGGGUGGGGUUAUUAGGGAUGUAGGGGAUUGUCAAACCCCUCCUAGCCACUAAACCCUUUUUAAAGUAUACUUUCUCUAACAAUCUUCAAAGAGUCUAAAAAUUCCCCCUACCACUAGCUUGGCCCCUGGUUCCUGCUAAAGAUUGUUUUCUCCACUUCACCACAGAUAGUACGGAUUCUCUCACCUUUCAUCAGUGUCGUAGCAAGCUCGAUAAUUGGGGGGAGGGGAAUAUUCAUAUAUUCGUGUUCACAGACCAUAAAAAGAAUCAAUAUCAAAAGAAAUUAAUAACACAGAACACGAAUAUAUGAAUAUGAGCCCCCCCCUCAAUUAUCAAGCUUGCUACGGCACUGUUAAUAAAAAUAUCUGUAAAGGUGAGGGACUACAGAUAUGAACCCCAAUAGGCAUAAAAAAUUUCAUAUUGUAAAUACUACACUUUAUUCUGGCCAACACCAAUCAACACAUGAUAUUUUCGGAAUCUUGAAAACGUUGGUAUCCAAUGGGUAACACUAUAUAUCCCCGGCCAUCAUAUGCCUGGCUGCUGGAAUACUGGGUGAAGUUAUUUUUCAUUUAUCAGGUGUUAGAAUGUGGUGGGAACUUGUAUGAUGCUUUAUCCAUGGCCGUUAAAGCUGCACUCCAUAACACAAGGUACGGAAAGUAAAUGUAAAGGUUUUUGCUCUGCACAGGUAAAUUUCAGAAAAGUAUGUAUUUAAAAUUCAUUUUUCCUAUGGUUUAUAAAAUUAGAUAAUCUUAACAUUUUUUAAUCAAUAUAAUUAAAUAUCUAACAAGUAUGUUGCCAGUUUAAGGAUCUAGCCAUGGGAACCUACAUUUGAAUUAACGCAUGCUCUACUAUUUUUCAUCUCUCAGAAUCCCUAAUGUGACAGUCAGUAUGGACGAAGGAGAAGUAGAACUUGAGAUUUCAGAUGAUCCAUUUGACUGCAGUCGACUUGAUAUCAAGAAUAUUCCAUUAAUUGUCACUUUAAAUAAGGUAGGAAAAUUAGAAUCACUAUAGAAUUAUGAAAACAGAAGGAAUCCACUUUGCAGUUUUUGAGAUGUAAAAUAGUAAGCCAUAAAAGAACAAAAUAGAUAUACUAUUAGAAUGGGUAAAUAGCAAGAUUUUUUGGCAUCUCACUCAAUUGAAUAAUAGUUGAAGGAUCUUGUAGAUGGAAAUUAUUGAGUGGAAAUUUAUAUACAUUUAUUAGAACUAACCAGGAACAGCUGCUUAAAAUGCAACUAUACUACUAUAGCUAGGUCCCAGUGGCAGACAUUCCAACUACUCGAGGUAAAAUUUAGGGAGAUUGUUCAGUGAAUUGAAAUCUUGUUCUUCUGUGAAAAAAUUUUAAAAAUUAAGUCAUCUGAAAUGGCAUUUCCUGUAUUUUGGGAAGAUGUUGUUAUAACAAUAUAAGUGAUCCUAUAUAAAUUGCCAUUAAGUAAUUUCAUAAAAAUGUCAAAACAGACUAUUAUGUUGCUAAAAACAACAUGUUUAUGAUUUUUUUAUGAUAUUUCCCAAAGAUUCUGAAAAAUCAGGAGAAUUUGAUAAAAAUCGGGAGACCAGGAGAUUGUAUGAAUUUUCGGGAGACUCCUGGUAAAAUUGGGAGAGUUGGAAUGUCUGCAGUGGCAGGAAUUGAACCUGUGACCCUGCGAUUCCAGUGCAGCACUUUGAGCUACAGAGGCCAGUUGUCGAGCUCUAACCACAAGUUCAUGUAUAUAUAGACUAGGGUACUGCCAUGUAUAGGUUAUGGGUUAAUUGACCAUAAAAGUCCUUAUGUUAUGUCACUGUCAGACAUUGAAUAUUUGACCCACAUGUAUCCCACAUUGCAUUGCGUAUACCUGAUGUUUCAAUGGAUUGAAAAUUGUGUGACGUAAGCAUUUCUAAGGGUUAUUGAUAAUUUAGAUUGAGCAUGAUUUUGUGGUGGAUGCCAGUAUGGAGGAAGAGUUCUGUUGUGAUGGCCAAUUAUUGGUUGCUGUGAAUGGUGAUGGUAAUAUCUGUGGUAUACAAAGACUGGGAUCUAGUGCUGUUGAACCUGAAAUGAUUACAGAAAUGUUGGAGGUAUAUUUGGCUGUGCUUGAAUUUGAGACCAAUUUCCCUGCCACUGUUUAGCCUAGACUGUGGAUAAGCCAAAAUAAAUCGUGUUAAAUAAAUUAUUUUCAGGCAGCCGUCGAUAUUGGUAAGUCGUUAAAUCAACGACUUGUGCAAGCUCUAGAAAGUGAAGAAAAUAACUCAACGACUGAUAAAGUUGGAUUUGUUCCAAUAGCAGAAUAUACCAGUGAGAUAUGUGAAUGA